AUGACGUCAUUGAAGGUCGAUGAGAGGUUUUGGUGCACAUACUUCCCAACCACACUCGACGGCAACGCUGGCACGUGCUUGAAGACGCUAGGACCGGGCAUCAUCUCCAAUUUUUCCCAGCUUAAGUAUCUUUUCCUUACCAACUUCAUGCAAUUGCGCAAGUACAAGGGAGAUUCUCAUUCAAUCAUAGGCUGUAAGCAAAAGGAGGGUGAAACCGUACGGGAAUACUUCACAAGAUUCAUAAAUGCCAUGUUAGACGUACCGGGGCAUGAUGAGGGGCUCAUAGUCGGCGCCUUCACAUGGGGGCUUUUGCCAGGCCCUUUAUCGCAGAAACUCAUGGGAAAGAAACCCUUAACACGGGCCGAAUUGAAGGAAAGGGUGGAGCGAUAUUUGAGACAGGAGGAUGGCGAAGCAGCAAAACAGGCCUACUUGAAUGCAAUGACUGCCAGACACCACAACGCGGGUCACACGGACUUCCGAGGGGGAAAUAGGCACUACGGCCAAGCAAGAUGA